AAAGCGGUUGGGUCAGACGAAUAGGUCAAAUUACCCUCUUAUUUGGGCCAACCUGCAAUCUGUUGGUCAAAUUAUUCAUUGUUUGUUUGAGGGGGUGCUGCUUCAGUAUUUAAAUCCAUUAUACAUUAAUUCAUAGAGCUCCAAUAGUCCAAUCGUCCAUCACACUCAGGACAGUGCCUACCGACAGCGGUGAUAGCUUAAUCACUGACCCAUAACCAUUCGGGCUCAGUAGGCUAUCGCUUGAAUGAUAUUACAAGCUUUAUGCGUCUGUCUCGUCCUCAUAUUACAGCGUAGAACCGUGGCCAUGUUUACUGUAUCAUUAGACGAAGAAUCCAGCGAAACUGUUGCGAAAGACAACCGUUUGGAUAUAAUAAAGUCGGCUAAGAAGAUGGACGAAUUGUUCAAUCCGAAGGAUUUGCCGCGGAGUUCUACAGUGCCUCGUAAAAAGGCACCCCAGAUCAUGCUGGACUUGUUCAACGCAGUGGAACAGUGGACUCCAAUGGAAUCCCGGGAACCAGGAAAAAGGGCAAUGUGGUGCGGAGCUUCGAGGACAGAGAUUAGAGAAUGAUCUAUGUAUCAUUUCACUGGUUCAGGCAAAAACAACGACUUUUCCUUGGGAAGUCACAUGGACCCCAUUUCUACAAGGUAGAUCUCAAUGAGGUGUUGGACAGCAGAGUGAAACCUUGGAGAUGGAAUCUAAUCACCAAGACUGUCGCCUUUAUACACUCAGGGAUGGAAAGUCGUCAACGUCACACAAACAGUGUUCCAAGUGGAUUUGCAGGAUUCGCAACAGCGAGGAGAAUAGUGGUAUUCAGGUUGUUAUUACGCUGCCAUCGGGACAUUUCAGCCACGCCACAACACCUGACAAUCCUGCGAAAGUAUCGCCUCAAGACAGCAGGAGCAGGAGGAAACGCGCAGCACCAAGUUAUCCCCGCAGCCGCCCCAUGUCACGCCCCUCUUUGUGGACUUCGAGGAGAUCGGCUGGAUCAAAUCUCCACGGGGUUACAAUGCUUACCACUGCAAGGGCUCCUGUCCGUUCCCACUCUGAAAGAGUUUCCGUGCCACGAAUCAUGCGACUGUGCAGUCCGUCAUGCACGCUCCAACGCUCUCCAACGACAAGGAUAACGUGGUUCUGAAACAGUAUGACGAUAUGGUUUCAUUUUGAACAGCUUUCAGAAAUCUUGAUUGAAUUGAAAAUAUUAACGGUAUGUCCAGUGAUUCAUGUAUAAAUGGAUGUUUUUGUAAGAAAUUAAAGUUGGUUGUUGCAAUUGAA